UCCUGCUCCUCCUCCUCCUCCUCCUCCUCCUCCUCCUCCUCCUCCUCCUCCUCCUCCUCCUGCUCCUGCUCCUGCUCCUCCAGCGCUGUGGACUCCUGGCCCCGUGUUCCAGCCCCCUGCAGAGCUUCCUGGACACUGGAAGGAGCAUCUUCCAUCUUUCCAGCAGGACUGGAUCCUGAAGGCUUUAUUCAGGGCUAACCCUAAAACAGGGAAGCCAGAGCUGGUGCCACAGCUCACCUCCUGGUGGUCUCCUCCCCAGCCUCCGACCACCUUCACCCAGCCUCCUGCCUCUCCUGAUCUCUUCUUCUGCCGCCCUUUGUUUCUCUGGAUGCCUCUGAAGAUGUUGUCCAUCAUCUGUGUCCAGCCAGCUUGCAAUAGUCACAGGCUGACAGCAGCUGGCCUGUACAGCACUGUGGUCAAGGUGCUGGACAUAGAUGGUGGUAUGAUAUGACCUCAGAGUAUCUAGAAUGCAAAGGGUGCAAGAAGAAGUAUCCGGCCUGGUCAGAGGACAUCCUGGGACAGCUGGACAUGGGACACUGCAGGAAAUUCCCCGCCCUUCUGACAUACAGCGACUCAUGUGACUACAGAGUGGUCAUCCUGAUGCGGGAGAGAACUCAGGGCAACAGCGUCACGCAGCUUCACAAGAAGCUGCAAGAGGAGCACAGCGCAGCGUGGACCCGCCGCACGCUGGACUACUUUGCUGCCUGUGAGCCCUUCACUGACUCCUGUCUGGUCGAGCCGCCAGUGUUCUCUGCCCCCCCGCCCCUCCCGGCCCUCCCUAAACCCAAGUGGCUUCUGGCUGUGUACGCCAGGGACGUCCUGUCACGGCUGCCUGAGGUAAAGGCCAGAAUAACCUCUGUGUUUGGCUCCGUGCUCAAGAUGGACUCCACCAAAAAGCUAAAACUAGUCCGACGUUCACGCUGCUGGAUCCUGACUGCAUCAAUCGGCUCUACGAGACCUCAGAGCGCUCUGAUGCUGCGGCUCCAGGGAAAGCCUUCAGUCAUGCAGCGGCGACUUAUGGAAGGUAGGCUGAUGAAUUAUCUGAUUCAGAAACAUACUGGCCGUUGGCUCGUUGUGAUUAGAUUGCUGCUCAGUUAAUUUUGUAAUGUUUGGGAUUUAACUGAUGUUAUGAGAGGAUAUCAAAACAUUAGCUUACCUGUCUCCUCUCCUCUUGACGUCU